AUGUCACUACCGCCAUCGAUGCCUUUCACGGUGGUCGAAGUCGACAAGCUUGAGGUCAGCGUGCCUUCUAUCCUUGACGACUGCUUCAACUUUGUUCUUGACCAUGGUUUAGUCAAGGGAAUUUUCAGAGUCAGCGGUUCUGUCCGCAGAAUGAAGGCUGUCACGUCCGAUUACUCACACUACCAGUCAUGGCUCAAUGACGAAAAGAAACCCUCCGUUCACGAUGUUUGUGGUAUCAUCAAGAAAUACCUUAGUGACUACUUGGCUACCAUGAAUGGCCUUUUUUCCCAACACCUGCUUGUGCUUCUUCGUCGUCAGUUCAUCUCUCAUCGCAGAGCUGGCUCUGACUGCAGCAUCGACUCAUACAAAAGUGCCAACACUUCCUUUGGUUCCCUGUCGCUAUCGUCCGUUCCUGAAAGUGUAUCGUGCUCUUUCUCCACCGUCAGAGAUGCAGACGUGCUCCUAGACUCCAUCGCUCACCUUCUUGUCACCAAGAACCUUACGUCUAAGAAUAACUUCUUCAUGUACUUGCUCCACAUGCUUAAGCAACUAUCACAACAUGAAGAGGCAACCAGCAUGUCUGUCGAAAACUCCUCCAUUAUCUUCCAACCAUACAUUUUUAACACCACCAACGUUGCUGACUUGCGCACCCUUCAAGACUUGCUUACCUUUUUGGUUCUCCAUUUCGACCUGCUUCUUGAGAAGUACCUGUGCUACAUCUCAAUCUUGGGCGGUCUUGAAGAGUUGGAAAUCGAUAACAUCUCCAUCUCCUCGUCUGAAGGUAAUGCCGUGUCCCCUGCCACGGUCUACUCCGACAACAGUUAUACCCAGCGCAAUUACUCCAAUGCCUCUGAGGGCAACCCAAAGAGAAAAUCUUCCCUUUCACAAAAAUUCAACGGUCUCCUCGAGAGCUACCACCUCCCUGCCAAUCGUUCCAAAAGAUUUUCUUUAAAUUUCACUUCCAGACAACAGUCAUCCGAUAAGGUCAUCUCUUCUGACAACCUCCGGCAUUCUACAAGCCAAGUGGCCUCUCUCUACGCUGAUGUGGAACCCGCUGGUAACGACAAACAACUGAAAGUGACGCCGGCAAGUGGCGAGAUCCUCACUCCCCCAGCAGACGACUCGCUUGGCUUCAACACCAAGCCUCAGAUCGUCCUGCCAACUACCCAAGAACCUUCCAAGAGACCACAGCUUUCACAGAAGAAAUCAAAUAACAGCAAAAGGAGAAGUUUGAUUAGCUUGUUCAAGUCUUCUUCCUCUGUGAAUGAUCUGAAAUCUAAGGAAGAAUUGAGUGUGCCUUCUCCAGCACCCUCUCCAAGGACUCCCACAGACAGCGACUUUUCACUACUAAAAGCAAAACAUGCUGUUUCUGCCGAUGACUUGCUACCAGGAAAGGUUGCUACCCCUUCAGAAGAGUUCAGUCUGCUAGGUAGAAACUUAUCCUUGCGUGUUCGUGGCCGCAAGUAA